AUGUCUCGCGGCGGUGGACGUGGAGGCGGACGCGGAGGCGGACGUGGCGGUGGACGCGGCGGAGGAGUGCCAGGUAUUCAGACCUUCGGGCCUGACGCUAUCCAAGCAACCUUCAAGAACCCUGGCGAAACGUACCCUGAUAUCAUCUUGCCAGUUGCAAGGCCACCCACAGACGAGGAAGGAGAGAUGUACAUUGCCAUGAAAAAGCUGCAGGAGACGUUAUAUUCGAGCCCAUACUACCUCACAGAACCCAGGAAGCCCGGUGCCAUUACGAGGUACACGGAUCGGUACCAUCAGGACCAUGCAGCAAAGAGACCCAAGCUGGACACUAUCAAGUCAAACAAGUCUUUUUUCCCUGAUGAACUCCACUCGAUUCUGGAUCCCAAGACUAUCACCAAAAAAAGAACGGUCAACCAAAAGUACGAUAUUAGCAAGAUCGACGAGAACGAGGACGAUGGCGAGGCAGAGAUCGACCCCGAGACUGGCUUGCCCAAGAAGACUGGCGAUGGCGAGGAUGGACUGGAAGAGGAAGAGUACGAGGACGAGGAAGACGAAGACGACAACGAUUAUGGCGAGAGCCAUUUUGAUAACGGAGAAGGAGACGACGAUGAUGGUGACGAUGGUGAUGGCGAAAUGCUCCGCGGAUGGAAAGUUGACUCUUAUCUCCGCGCAGGAGGCAAGGCCCGCACACUUUCAGGAUGCAGCAUCACCACUUCCAGCACUAAAAGCAAUGGACGAGUCUGCCAGAUCCAUCAGCUACUCCCUCGUGCCUCAUUCCUCCUCAGCAACACCAAAGCUACUACCGGACACAACUCGCACGCGAACGCGUAUGCUUAUGCGCAGCUCCGGUACCUUCGUCAAAUGACGACCCCGGAGCUGAGGAAAGAGUUUACAGAGUUCUUUGUGAAGGAGCAAGGACAUACGUCCGUCAAGAGCUCAAGUUUGAUCCCUCAUAACGACAAGUCGUUGAUGUUUACCAACGCAGGUAUGGUGCAGUUUAAGGAGUACUUCAGGAACCCAGCAGUAUCCCCCUUCAAACAGGCGACCAGUAUUCAAAAAUGCAUGCGCGCAGGAGGAAAGCACAACGACCUGGAUAAUGUCGGAUACACACCCAGGCAUCAUACCUUUUUUGAGAUGUUGGGCAACUUUUCUUUCGGAGAGUACUCCAAGAGUAAGGCUAUCCGGAUGGCAUGGAGAUUCUUGACGGAGGUCGUCAAGAUGCCCAAGGACCGUCUCCGUGUAACGGUGCUGGCGUCAGAUCAGGAAUCAUAUGAACUCUGGAGGGAUCAGGAAGGGGUGCCGGAGGACAGGAUCAUCCGCAGUGGUGCCGAAGACAACUUCUGGACCAUGGGAGAAGGAGCAGGACCCUGUGGACCCUGUACCGAGAUUUUUUGGGAUACACUGGACGAUAGCCUUGGCGAGGACCGGUGGCUCGAGAUCUGGAACUUAGUCUUUAUGCAGCACUACAGGAAUGACCAGGGCGAGUUGGAGAACUUGCCGAUUGUGUGUGUGGAUACUGGAAUGGGACUAGAGAGACUGGCGGCGGUCGUACAGAGCAAGGAGAAUAACUUUGAGACGGAUGUGUUUGCACCUAUGUUUGAGGGGCUGCAUAAGAUCAUGACCGAAGCCGGCAUUGAGUCGUCCCAGGAUAUCAACGCCACACCUCACAAGAAGAUCAUUGUCGACCACCUCCGUGCCAUGAGUUUUCUUAUUGCGGACGGAGUCAUCCCCAGCAACGUUGGACGCGGAUAUGUUCUCAGGAGAAUCAUUAGACGCGCUCUCCGCUCUGGAAACCAGCUUGGAUUCACAAAGCCAUUCAUGACGGAAUUAUACCCGUAUCUCCUGGAGUCAUUCAAUGACGGAUCUUAUCCUGACAUGGUGGCUAGACAGGAGCCCAUUAAGGACGUCAUUCGUCAGGAGGAGGAGAUCUUUAUGAGUACAUUGUCCAAGGGUCUCGCACUGUUGGAACCUGUCUUCAAGCAGAAAGAUCUCGCUGGUGCCAAGCAAGUCCCUGCUGACAUUGCGUUCAAGUUGUACGACACCUUCGGAUUCCCCUUGGAUCUCACUCUCCUGAUUGCAGAAGAGCGUGGAUGGACGGUUGAUUUGGCUGCUGUCGAGGCAUUAAAGCAGAAGCAGAGGGAGCAGGGUCGGGCAUCAUGGAAGGCAGGAACUAGUCUGGUGCUUGCCAAGGCGCAAGAGUGGAAGGAGCAGGGCAUCUUCCCUACCUUCUCUGGAUACCACCGUGACAUGUUGACAGGCCAAUCUUCGACCGUCCUGGCAGCUCAAAGCACGGAUGACGGCACAGGAGACAUGAUUUUGUCGAUUGAGCCUUGUCCGUUCUAUGGUCUUGGAGGUGGACAGAGCCCUGAUACGGGAUCGAUCACGUUGGCUAAUGGAAGCGAAUGGCGCGUUGUUGACGUGUUUUCGCCCUAUGAGCGUGGUUUGGCGAUCCGUGUGCAGGCUGUUGCUGAGGAGAUUGCAUUGGAGGAGGAUCUUUUGUGCAUGCACAAGGGAUUUAAGUUGACUACGUUUGUUGACGCCAAGCGGAGAGAGGGGGUUGCGGCGCAUCAUAGCGCUACCCAUCUGUUGAACGCUGCCUUGAGAAAGACACUAGGAAAGGUCAUCAUGCAAGCCGGAUCCCUGGUGGAACCUGAGCGCCUUCGCUUCGACUUUACACAUGGAAAGCCCAUUGACCAGAACCAGAUCAGGGAGAUUGAGGACUGGAUCAACUCUACUGCGCUUCAGAGCGUGCAGCCCGUGAUCAAAGAAUACCCACUUCAGAAGGCAAUUGACAUGGGGUCAAUAGCUGUGUUCUCUGAAAAGUAUGGCGAGGUGGUCCGUGUCGUCGACUUCCCCAAGGUGUCGAUGGAGUUGUGCGGAGGCACCCAUGUGGAAGACCUUUCCAAGAUCUACCCCUUCAAGAUCCUGUCAGAGGGAUCUGUUGCUGCUGGCACGAGGAGGAUUGAGGCGGCAGUAGGAAAGGCAGCAUCACAGUUCUUGAUUGAACAAGAUCGCAUGGUGUCAAGACUGAACCUGGACCUGAAGUCCUAUGCCACCAGUGCGGGAAACGGACUAGACCUCAAAGUCAACAAGAUGAAAGACCAUGUCUCUGACAUCUCACGGCAGUACGCCCGCCUCCUUGAAAAACUGGUCAAGACCCCCGCUACCCCUGUCUCUCAGGGAACCAUCGACCUCGGCGCAUCCUUGAACCCUGCAGGAAUGAACGGGAUCCCAGUAAAAGUGCACCAGUUGGAUUCCGAUAUUCAGGAUCAGGAGUUUUAUUCGAAGAAGGCCAACUGGUUGAAGGAACAGGACCCCGAGUCGAUGCAUGUGUUGGUCUGGGAUGAGAAUGUUUUGGUCACGCUGGAUCAGAAGCAGUUCCCGAAGAUGCAUGCGGGUAAGGUUUUGAAGGCGCUUUUGGAGCAGGUUGGAGGAGGGAAGGGAGGUGGACAGCCGCAGCUUGCGAGGGGGAAGAUUAUUGCGACGACAACAGGGGGUGGUGGUGAUGGUGGAAGGAGUCCGGCUGAGAGGUUUGUGGAUCUUGUCCAGUCUUCAUAG